UCAGGUGUAGACCUGGAUCUCAAGUACCGAGCAAGAAUGAAUGGAAUCUCCCCCACCUCAGGGAGUACGGCCAUUGAUAUUCUCAACAACAACAACAACAAUAGUGAAAUUCGAACAACAGCGGAUCUGUUAAGGCCGAAAGAUUCUCCCCUCCAACGGGCGAUAACAACUCUACGUCAUCUAGGAGCGGUACCCCUGUUUCGGUCUACGAAGGUUUGGGGGGUGAGAGGGCCUCUCCAAUGGCAUUGUCUCUCUCCCACGCGAGAGAGAGAGAUCCGCUGAAAGCCAUGGAACAGGCCACUUCGAGGAAUUACAGUGAUUUCAUGCGGAGUCUAGCUGCCAAGUACAAUCAUACUAAUCCCAAUGAACACACGUUUUUCAGCUACUUCAGCGGCGCCCGACGCCAAGCACGGGUGCCAGUGCUCUCACGAACCGCAGCAACGGUUACACCGGUGAAGCAGCCGGUGCAACUGCACCGGUACGCCCCAACGCCUUGCUCCCAAACCGCGGCGAUUCUUCCCUGGCUGCCCUGCAAGCGCUGAAGGCUGGAGCGAUUGGAGCGGCUCCCUUCCU